UUGAGUAGAAGACCCUGACACUCUCUCCCCGACACGCUAAUGCUUCCUCCUCUCAUCCAUAAACCCAUAUAACAUCGUCAUCCCCACGGAAGAAGGUUUGGAAUAAUUAUCCAACUUUCUCGAGUUCUCUCUUGGCCCGGGCAAGCGUAACCCAGCUGACGGAGGCGGCGCUGUGGGUGACGGCGGCCUGCUGGCCCACAGUAACCCAGCAACUGGCGGAGCUCCUGGACGCACUCAUCUCUCUCUCAUCUCUCAACAUGAGCAACCCUCGAGGCAUCGAGCCGGCCCGGCCUCGCUUCGUCUACCUCACAACAGAUGGCGCUGGCGCCUCCAUCUGGCGCCUUCCACUUGCUACCACCCAGAACGACCUGCCCCUAGGUGAGGGCGCUCUGUACUACGGGAGCCUGGGAGCUGCCACCGCCGCCACCCUCUUCACUAUAGCACACGCUAUCCUCUUCGCCGGACGAAGAAAGCGUGACCUGAGCUCAGUGGUGUCGGGGGCGCGGGACGACCCAGACCUGGAGUCCGACAUGGAGAGGAUCUUCGCCAAGGACAACGACUGGUGUUCCUUGAGGUUGACGUGCGAGCUGGCCGCCAAGGCCGGGAACCCACUUGAUGACAAGGAGAAGCUCCUGCUCUCCUACUUCAAGGGCGUGGUGUCGACUGAGGACCUGCAGGUGAUGACGACGCCGGAGCUCUACUACGCCUACGCCUCCUUCGUGGGGUUCUCCCGCGGGUCGCAGGACGAGUGCCGCCAGCUGUACUCCAAGUGUCCUUACUCGGCCAGGAAGAUGAUGAGUGUCUUCAAGACGGCUCACUCCAGACUCAAGCGGAGACCACGAGGUCUCCUCCAGCCCAGCUACUGAGUAUACCUCCAAGACACCCGGAAUACCAGGAUACUUGGGUUUACCUGCAAUACUUUGGUCCCAUACCGGGAUAAUUGUAUUGUUUAUGUAGAUCAUAAAUUUGUAUGUUUUUUAUUUGUCUAUCAAUGCUUUUGCAAUUCAGUCGCAGAAUACAGAGGCGGACAGACACCCGGGAGCCGCGGCUGCCCUCCUGUGGGAGACACCGCUGCGGCCUCAUAUUUCCACCCAACCUAACUUGCUUUUUAUAUAAGAGGCAUUCAAGGUAACACAGGUAGAGAGUACAUUAGACAUCCAAUGGUUAGAAAGACGGGGUGUCCAAGAGCCCUUGGUUCCAAGAGCCCUUAGCUCUUGGACUCACUUGUUGAUGUCCACAAAGUAUUCUUGAAAUACACACACCAUUUCUGUGGAGGUAAAUACACCAUAUAGCACUAAUGUUUUCACCUAGUUGUGCUUUGGCUCUUUGGUCCCGAAAUGUAUCAGUAGUUAGCAGCACUAACGCUAUAGCAGCCCUGUAACAAUGUUCAAGUAUUGUCAGUGAACACUGUGGUGAACACUCAAGUUGCAACACUAAGAAUGUGUGAGAUGUGUGUGUGUGUGUCUUUAAACACACUCCAAUGUUCAUUGUUAUCACUAUCUGAACACUACAAUGUACAAUGUUAACAACAAUACCGCUGACAACGUAUAAUGUUUAACAAUGUGUAGUGUUUGAUAAUGCGGAACUGAAUUACUAAUGUUUAUAUAGACCCAAAUCACUAUAUUUAUGAAAAAGAAUUAAACGCUUAUGAUAUUU